AGAGCGAGAGAGCGAGAGAGAGACAGAGCGAGAGAGAGACAGACAGAGAGAGAGAGAGUGAGUGCGUCCGUGCGCGUGGUGGUGGUGGGAACGGUAGCAAGAUGGCGGCGCUGAAGGAGGAGCAGUGCUACGGACUGUCCUGUGGAAGAGUGAGCAACGGCAGCAAUGUCUCCGUCUUUCACGUUAAACUCACUGACAGCGCACUGCGGGCGUUCGAGGGCUACCAGGGCGGCAAGGUCCUGUCAUCACGACCGUUGAUCAGGUUUAAUGGAAACCAAGGGAAAAUUUCAAUACCACGGUCAGAAAAUUCCAGUGAACUGCAAACGUUUACUUUCUACCUGUCGAAUGUGGGCAGAGAUAACCCCCAGGGCAGCUUCGACUGCAUCCAGCAGUACAUCACCAGUGAAGGGAGCAUUCAGCUGGAUUGUUUGGGUGGGAUCCAGGACAAGAUUACAGUAUGUGCCACAGACGACUCCUACCAGAAGGCCAGGGAAAACAUGGCCCAGGUCGAGGAGGAGACUCGCAGUAGGAGUGCCAUCGUCAUCAAGCCUGGGGGAAGAUUCGUAGGUAAGAAGGUCCAGAUCCGGAAACCGGCACCUGGCCUCUCAGACGUCGCCCCGCUACGGAGGACAUCUCGGCCCGUCAUCAUCUCUAGCAGUACGCUGAAGAAGGGCACACCUCAGCACAGGCCGCUCCGAGAGCGCCUCACACACCUGCUGGCCCUCAAGCCUUACAAGAAGCCUGAGCUGAUCCUGAGGUUGCAGAAAGACGGCCUCUUGCCGUUAGACAAGGACUCCCUGGAUAGCCACCUGCAACAGGUGGCGAACCUGAACGGGAAAGACAACACCUUCACAUUGAAGGACUUUUUGUAUAAGGAUAUUCAGAAGGACUGGCCGGGCUACACAGAAGGAGACCAGCAGCUUCUCAAGAGAAUCUUGGUCAAGAAACAGAGCUGUGCCCCUCCACUGGAGAGCCCGCCCAAAGAGCUGGCUGGCAGCUCGCCAUCUCAGAAACGGCCCGCUGCUGAAUUCAUCGACCCUCUCGCCAACAAAAAGCCCAGGAUAUCGCAUCUCGCCAGCAAGGCUGCAACAGCCCCGGUCAAUGGCAAGCUCAGCUCCUCCAACGGGAGAGGGGAGGCAGGUGGAGCGCAGGCAGGAGUGGCGGUUUCUAUGUCAGACGGCGGCGUGACGUCUGGCUCCCAGCAGCUCCCCAUGCUGGACAUCCCUCGUCCUUUCGAAGCGCUGUCGGACGUCAGCAACGACUCCAGCCACAACGGGAGAGACUGUGACUCUCAGGAAGCAGCAGUGUCCGAGAGGCUCAGCCAACCUCCUUCGCUGUUGUCGGGCUCAACGGUGCUCGCCGCGCCCAGCGUCGCCACAUCAUCUCCUGGACACACGGGCCCGGAAGUCCCUCGGGACAAGAGUCCUUCAUCCUUCAACAACAAGUCCAAGAAGAAGUCCAAAAAGCAUAAAGACAAGGAGAAGAGCAAAGACAAGGAGAGGGUGAGAGAGAGGGCGCAGAAGAAGGAGAGGAAGAGUCGUGGCGAGCGUGUGCCUGAGCCGAACCGAGCCUGUGAGAUUAGCCCAGGAAACCUCAAAAGCAACAGUAUUCCACACAAAAGCACAGAUCUGAAUGGGAUGUGCAACAGUACCAGUAUUCCUUCGUCAGCACCUGAGGUGGCAGAGUAUUUAUUGAAGUACACAGUGAUCGGCUCUCCGGAGCAGCGUCAGAGGUAUAAAAACGAUUUCAACGCCGAGUACAGUGAGUACCGGGGUCUGCAUGCUCGGAUAGAGGGCAUCACCCGGCAGUUCACUGUGCAUGACAAUGAGCUCAAACAGCUCCAUCAAGGCACAGACAAGUACAAGACAAUCCACAAUCAGAUACUUCAAGAGUAUCAUAAAAUAAAAAAGACUAAUCCAAACUAUAGCCAAGAGAAGAACCGCUGUGAAUAUCUACACAACAAACUGGCAUAUAUAAAGAGACUUAUUGCCGAGUACGAUCAACAGCAACUAACUAAAAGUAGUGAUUAGACGUUGUUUCCCUGUUGUCUCUGGAAACCAAGCAGAUAAAGGAAAACUCUGGAUUCCGCCUGUGCUAAAAAAAAAAUGUUCACAUGAAAGAUGCCAUGAAAGGAGUAUUCCCUUCAUCGGGGCCAAAGGCUCUGAUGAGGACUAAGCAGGACACACAAUCUUUUUCUCUCUCUUUCCUUUAUUUUUCGUUUCCUUUUUUCAGAAGAUGGGGUUGUGCCUAACGUGGCCAGGUCCGUCUGUGUAGUUACAAUGCAUCCAGAAAAAAGGUUCUGUGUGGCUUUGUUUUUUUCUCAAACAUGGAAACUUUCCCACUUUCUUGGGAGAUGAUCCAAAUAAUCUUUCCUGCUUUUGAAACUGGAGGGAAGGAGGGCGGGGGAGAUGGAAACUGCAGACGCCAAAUGCAACUAAUUUGUGAUGAAAUGAUCAGUUUUCCCCCGUAUACUGAAUCGAAUGGUUAUGACGUUCUUCUUUUUAUUUAUUUUUGACACUUAAACUGGGGGAAUGAGUCUGUUUUACACUCCUCAAUAUCAGUACUUAAACGCUGUCUCUCUUCUUUUUCUGUCCUCACAUCUUGAAUGUCAGCCAGUAUUUUAUUCAGAAGCUGCCUUGCCCAUCUAAUUGUCAAAUCUGUUGGCGUUAAUUCUAUUUUUCUCUUUUAAAGAGAUGCAGAUAUUUACUAUUGAUUAAAUCAAGAUGAUGCAUCUACAUGCACACGGUCAGACGCAGGUUUGUGCGCUCGGCUUUUUCUUUUUCUAAACUGUCUUAACAGAGGGGAAGUGUGUGAAAGUU